UAUUCCCACGUGUGGCAGGGUCACAGAGAGUCGCCUACUGAAAAAACCCUUUUAUACCUUUGUAAUUAAACAAGUUUUUUUUUUUGUUCAUGUCAGUUACUUGUAGGUCUAUUGAUGCACAAGGUACCGGUGAGUUAGAAUAAAUGUCGGACUGCGGAGGCGAGUGGCAGGUGGCUCGGCGGCGAAAAGGUGCAUCAAGAAGCUCUAAAUCACUCCAGGUGUCUGUAGCAGGCGGCCAGGAACCUCUGGAUGUCGGGAAAACUGUUAAACGCAUCAGAGACACAGUGUCUGAACUAAGAUGCGAAGAAUUUUGGCACGAUUGGAAACAGCAGCUGUUGGUAGCGGCAUCAGCAUCUGUCUCAAAACCUCCAGAGGACACGGACACUAAGGACCGACCGGUCAGAGAAGGCAGGUCAUGCCAACGGCUCGAGUGUGUGUGCUAUGGCCUCGGCCCGUUUUCCUCUUGUGUCGCAUCCCGCUACCAGCUUGCCAUGUUGCUGCUUUUGCUGGAUGCUGGAGAGAUUCCUCUAAAGGACUGCUCAGUCUAUGAUCCCGCAUUCUCCUCUGCAGAGAUGGAUGUUUUGAGAGAGCUAGGUCUGACUGUACUCACAGAAAAUGAGGAGGGGAAACGUUUGGCCAACAAUCCCACAUUUUUUUACCUGAUGCAUUGUGGGAAAGCCCUGUACAACAACCUUCUGUGGAAAAACUGGAGCACACAGUGUCUCCCACUGAUGGUAAUCAUUGGGAACAGCUUCAGUGGCAUGAGGGAAAGGACCACUGAGAAAGAGUUCAAGCGGGACUACAGCUACAUCAGUAAGGCCGUGGAUUUUAGUGUGGAGAGAAAGCUUCCUUGCCCAUCUCGUCUGAUUGACGUCUUCAAUGACUCCGCAGUCAUCACCUUUCCUUCCAACAGCCUUAACAGACUUCCACAGCCUACCUGGACAGACCCACCUGAACCACUGUACCAGCACAGCUCCGAUUUGGAGAUUAUACUGAAGGAAACUCAGAGCUGAGACUGGAGCUGGAUAAUGGACAUGUUCUGUUGUUAUUCAUAUAACAAGUUUUUUUAAAAGGGACCUCGUGUUUUUAGUUAUGUUUGGAUGGAUGUCCAUAUUUAAUAUGGGCAUAAAGUUUUUCCAUGAGCCAAAAGGCUUCAGACUCUAGGUUUAAGACCAUCAGAGAUCUUUAAUAUGAUCGUCAAUAUCUGUGAGGACAGAAGCUCCUCCUACCUACUGUUCAAAUUCUGUUUGAAAGGAGAAGCCAAUAAGAAGAAAGCUGGCUUUAAGGAAGGGGAGCUACAGAGCGCAUCUCCAGACAGGGAUCAAGUGGCUGCACCAAAGCCUUGUAUAAGAUAAAUAGGGAUUAUUUUGAACUGUCGAUUACACAGUCUACUCGAGUACAAGAAUAAAAAUAUGGAGUU